AUGAUGCCACCCCCACCACCUCCAGAGGAGCACCACUAUGUGGGCCGCUGGUCAAUCCUGCACAGCAAGAUGAAGAGCAUACCCGACUCAUUGGGCCAGAAGCGCGGCUCCAUCCUCAUCGAGCACAUGCCCGACAUCCACAAGUUGACCUCAUCACAGAUCAUCACGACAAUCCGCGAGGAGCCGGCCAGCCCGGUCGACGACGCCUCGGACAACAGCAGCAUGGGUGGCGCAGGCAGUGGCAACGGCCACACGGUGGUCGUGGCGGCGACUGAUCAUGGCAGCGGCAGUCCGCGCCAGCCCAGCGACGGGCUCGUGUUCACAGGCAUCAAGAUGUUCAACGACAAGCCAAAGCGAGGCGUGGACUUCUUCGUGGGCAUCCACCUGCUGGAGAAGACCCCAGCGUCCAUCUCAGAGUUUCUGCACACCUGCACACUACUCAACAAGCGAUCGAUUGGUGACUAUCUUGGCGAGAGCGAUCAGUUCUGUAUAGACACUUUGGAGGCGUUCAUCGCGCGAUUCAACUUCCAGGACUUGGACUUUGACAUGGCACUACGACAGCUACUCUACUGUUUCCGUCUGCCUGGCGAGGCACAAAAGAUCGACAGGAUCAUGCUAAGGUUUGCCAAUCAAUUCUACAAAGAUAAUAUCAAGAGUGGAAUAUUCGAGGAUCCAGACGCUGUAUAUAUAUUGGCCUUUGCAAUUAUUAUGUUGAACACUGAUUUGCACAGCCCAUCAAUCAAGUCGACGUUGACCAAACAGCGUUUCAUUCGAUCACUCACAGGAAUCAAUAAUGGAAAGGACCUCCAACUCGAGUAUCUGGAGGACCUCUACGAUCGUAUACUAUCAGAUGAGAUCAAGUUAGAUCCAAGUCAAGCGCAAUUCCCAUAUGCAGUAAAGAAAGGAUGGUUAUAUAUUAGGAGCAAGGGCAAGGUUACAGACAAGUGGAGCAAGAAGUGGUGCAUACUCAAUGAUGGAUCAUUAUACUUCUUUAGGAAGCCAACCGAUACAAUACCCAUAAGAUACUUGCAUCCAACAGUUAUAACUCAACAGGGCAAGGAGGUGAAGGGUCGCAAGAAUUGCUUCAUGCUGAACCACUCGUCGCAGUUCACAGAGCUCAUCCAUCACACCAAGCAGUUCACAGUCAAGUCGUUGGCGGCGCUGCAGCGCGAGCAGCGUCCCAUCUAUGAGAAGCUGGCACAGCGCGAUCAGGCCCGUCCCGCGUACUUCUGGGACAGCCUCCUCAUGUCGAUGGAUGGAGGCGGCGGCAUUGGCACGGGAGUCCGUCUGGAGGCGGUCGACGACUUGGACACCGAGUCCAUCUCGUCGCUCGAUACCAUCUCGGAGCAUUCAGCGCCAUCUUCAUAUUAUGAUGAGGACACGGGCUCGAUCUCCUCGUCGCCGUUUGACUCAUCGCCAUUCUCGUCGUCCGUGCCCCAGCCACACGUUCAAUACCUGAACAUCAGAGAUCCCAAGAAGAAGGGCUUCUCGCUCAAGAUUGGCAAGGAGAGGAAGCAGGACACGUCACACUCGCACUCGUCCUCGACCACGACAUCCAGCGGCAACAGCACACAUGUACAAAGUAGUCCAAUGCACACACCUCCCACCACCAGCGGUGUCUUGACGCCGUCGUCGUCAUCAUCGUCGACGCGACCACAUUCAACACACUACUCUGGCAGGCCUCUUGGCAUCAUUCGCACGUCCAGUUUCCAGUCCUUGACACCAUCAUCCAACAAUCAUAGCAAUAGUAGUAGUGCGUCUGGCACGCCAAAUAUGGCGCCGCCAGUGCUCGUCACGCCACCGCCACCCAUCGACUUACUUGGAACCAAUGAUCCACGUGAUAUAAGCGCCAACAACAGCAACAGCAACAACAACAACAAUAUCGAUUAUCACUUGAAGCAACUACAGAUAAAGAUGUCCAAGUCAGCCAAGAAGCACUCGACCUGUCUUCUACUCAGCACAGACACCAGACGAGAGAUGGAGUCAUGGACGCGAUUAAUCAUCACUCAAUUCCAGAAGCAACAACAGCCUCCUCGUGUCAUCCCCACGGCCUAA